GUUACCACCACCGAGUCCCGCGCCUCGCUGCUGGGGUGUGUGCAGAAAGAGCGAGGAUAAAUAGGAGGCUCCCUCCUCCCGGCCACACUACCGGAGCCUGCCGCCCGCCCGCCCGGGGUGUUGCCUGCCCAGGGGCCCGGGUGCCAGCCUGAGAAGUAGUUUCAUUUCCUGCUGGCCCGAGAGAGUAGUUUCCAGGCCCGCCCUCGGGCGCCCGUGGCCCGGGAAGGGGCGCAGGAGGAGGCGGGAGACUCGUCCAGGGGCUUGCCCGGCCCCGCAGCGUGGGGUUGAUGGACCGGGCCGCCCCGGGCAGCGGCGCCGGCUCCCUGCCACUGCUCCUGGCCCUCGCCCUGGGUCUAGUGAUCCUCCACUGUGUUGUGGCAGAUGGGAAUUCAACCAGGAGUCCUGAAAAGGAUGGCCUUCUCUGUGGAGAUCCUGGGGAAAACUGCGCAGCCACCACCACGCAAGCCAGGCGGAGAGGCCACUUCUCGCGGUGCCCCAAGCAAUACAAGCACUACUGCAUCAAAGGGCGAUGUCGCUUCGUGGUGGCCGAGCAGACGCCGUCCUGCGUCUGUGAUGAAGGCUACACUGGGGCGAGAUGUGAGAGAGUUGACUUGUUUUACCUCAGAGGAGAUAGAGGGCAGAUUUUGGUGAUUUGUCUGAUAGCAGUUAUGGUCAUUUUUAUCAUUUUGGUGGUCGGUGUCUGCACAUGCUGUCACCCUCUUCGGAAGCGUCGUAAAAGAAGGAAGAAGGAAGAAGAAAUGGAAACUCUGGGUAAAGAUGUAACUCCAAUAAAUGAAGAUAUUCAAGAGACUAGUAUUGCUUAAUGGCUAUGAAGUUACCUCCAGGCUGGUGGCAAGCUGCAAAAUAAAAUGCCUUGCUCAUUUGAAAAUGGACAGAAUGUGUCUCAGGAAAAUAGCCAGGAGAAAUGAAUUAUAAAUGAUAUAUUUACUUUAUAUUUGUAAUGUUAGUCUGUGUUUUUUACUAUUUUUAUAAUAGUAAAUAAUUUUAUUGUUGUUCAGUAAUUGGGAAAAAGCACUCAGUUAAGAAAUUUUAAUCAACUUCCACUUAAAGUUUUCUUACCAGGAUUACUAGUCAAACAAAAAAGGAAACUGGGAAGGAGUUCAGAUUUUAGAAACUGAAUUAAUAAUAAAGCUACCAUUUACCCAGCACUUACACGGACCAAGAAUUUAAAGUAUAUCAUCAUUUCCUUUAAUCCUUUUAAGAACUUAUGAGAUAUCUCUUAUGAUCCUCAUUUCCCAUAUAUGGAACAGACAAAAAGAAGUUAAAUAACAUAACCUAGAUUUACAGAGUUAGGAAUUGAUGGAGCUGGAAUGGGAACCAAGAUUUACCCAAUUUUAGUUUGUGUUCUUAACUAUCAUUUUUCUUGAUGAGAGUGGGUACAACCCAACUCACUAAUAUAACCCAAGACUUUAUACUAAACUGUGUUUUGCCAUGACUCUGAGAUGCUGGGGCUGUAUUCCUGCAGAAACUCAGGUUGGAGAGUCCUGGAUAUAUAUGGUACUGUUACCAUCAUGUUUUCUGCAGCAUUGACUUCUAUUAUGUUUCUUUGCUCCUUUAUAAAUUCUCCGUGGCAUGAAUAAAUUCUUACGUUAGUAAAGCAAACA